CCAAGCCAACCCGCAACACCGACGAGGGUGUUUCUCCGGUCAGUUCCGGUUGUCCCAGUGGUGAUAGCAGCAAAAUCAGCGACGCCAACGCUUGUAGACAACAGACCAACAACCCUAUGAACAUCAGCAACCCGACCUUCCAUGUGUUCACCACCGCCCAACCAUCCGCCCCCCGACCUAGCGAUGCCACCUCAACAGGCGGCCCCCGAACCGCCUCAAGCAACCUCCCAUCCUCACCUCCACCCCCAUCUCCAUCAGCCUCGCCGCUCCCGCGGACCUCCACCUUCCCGCAAGACAGCUCCCCAGGUACCCCGGGCUCCUCCGCUGGAGGCUCCUCAGGCGCUGCUGCUGGGGCGGCUACCGGGUCCGCUUCCACCCCGGGCGGGAGCGCUACACCACAAUUUAACGUGUCUGUCAGGUUGACGUCGGAUGGGCGGCGGAGCAACAAGCAGCAUGGGGAGAUGCAGGAGCAGGGGGAGAUGCAGGAGCCGGGGGAGAUGCAGGAGCCGGGGGAGAUGCAGGAGCCGGGGGAGAUGCAGGAGCAGGUGGAAGUGGGAGGACAGAAGAAGCAAGAGCAGGGAGGCCAGCAGGAACAGCCUCGCUACAACCCCAAGCCGCUACGUGGCCGUUCCAGCAGGGCAGAAGGCAACGGAGGAGCUGACAGCGACAGCGGCGGUGACGACCCCCGAGACCACAACGGCCAGCAGGGGCCUCCUGGUAGCUCUUUGUACCUUGAGAACGCGCUGAUCGACAGCUAUUCCUGGCACGGCAUCAAGCGGCUGUACCGCUUCGGCAUCUUCUUCCUUCUGGUUUUUCUGGCGCUGUGGUGGCAGACGGAAAGUGGCGCGGCGGCCUUCAAGAGCAGCGUGGUUGGAUCUUUCGAGGCAUACGACACGGGCAAAUCCUGGG